AUGGCGUCUGCUCUCACCGUCCUCCUCCUUGAGCCCAGCUACCCCAAACCCAACAUCGCACUGCAGAGCCCCAGCUCGGGGGUCUCCCUGGGGGGAGCUGUGAGCAUCUGGUGUUGGGGGCAGCGCCGGGGCAUGCGGUUCAUGCUGAAUAAAGAGGGACGUCAUUUCCCACCCCUGGAUUCGGACGGGUUGGAGGUUGUGUUUCGCAUCAAAAACGUGAGCCGGGAGCACGGCGGGAGCUACAACUGCUCCUAUCACAGCAGAUUGGAGCCAUCCGCCGUGUCGUACCCCAGCGAACCCAUGGAGCUGGUGGUGAGAGAUCCCAGCUUACCCAGACCCAACAUCUCUCUGAGCCCCACGUGGGUCAUGGCCCCAGGGGCAGACGUCACCAUCCGGUGUCAGGGGCAGCGCCAGGACGUGAGGUUCUUCCUGCACAAGGCUGGAGAGCUGAACCCGCAGCAACACAUGGACCCUGCUGGGAACGUGGCCGAGUUCCGCAUCCCCAGCGUGGGCCAGCAGCACGGAGGGAGCUACAGCUGCAGCUACCGGCCCCGGUCAGAGCCCUUCGUGUCCUCGCAGCCCAGCGACCCCGUGCAGCUGGUGGUAACAGAGCCCAGCUACCCCAAACCCAACAUCUCCCUGAGCCCCGGCGGGGGGGUCUCCCUGGGGGGAGCCGUGACCGUCCGGUGUCGGGGGCAGCACCAGGGCGUGCAGUUCGUGCUGAAUGAAGAGCGACGCCAUUUCACACCUCUGGAUUCGGAAGGGUUGGAGGUUGUGUUUCCCGUCAGCAACGUGAGCCGGGAGGACGGCGGGAGCUACAACUGCUCCUAUCACAGCAGAUCGGCACCGUUCGCCGUGUCGUACCCCAGCGACCCUGUGGAGCUGGUGGUGAUAGAUCCAAGCUUACCCAGACCCAACAUCUCUCUGAACCCCACGUGGGUCAUGGCCCCAGGGGCAGACGUCACCAUCCGGUGUGAUGGGCAGCGCCGGGACGUGAGGUUCUUCCUGCACAAGGCUGGAGACCUGAACCCGCAGCGACACCUGGACCCUGCUGGGAACGUGUCCGAAGCAGCGCCCCCAGCCUACCCCAAACCCAGCAUCUCCCUGAGCCCCAGCUGGGGGGUCUCCCUGGGGGGAGCCAUGGCCGUCUGGUGUCGGGGACAGCACCAGGGCAUGAGGUUCGUGCUGAAUAAAGAGCGACGCCAUUUCCCACCUGUGGAUUCGGACGGGUUGGAGGCUGAGUUUCCCAUCAAGAACGUGAGCCGGGAGAACGGUGGGAACUACACCUGCUCCUAUCACAGCAGAUCGGAGCCGUUCAACGUGUCAUACCCCAGCGACCCUGUGGAGCUGGUGGUGAGAGCAGCUCCCCUGGGGUACCUGGAUUUCAUCAACACCAACAUCGCCCGCCUGGUGCUGAGUGCCGUGGUCCUGCUCAUCCUGGGGCUGAUCCUGGCUGAGGCCUAUUACAGCCGCCCGAGGGGGGCACCCUAG